AUGAACUUCGCAUUUCAACUUCUCCCAGCGACAGAAACUAUCUGUCAGUUUGGCUCGCGCUCGGCCAACCCUUUGCGCUCUAUAAACCUUCCAGUCUCGCGGGUUUGGGCCAAUCCUGCGUACCUGGUUGCUUUUGCCACCUACUCUCGCGGACGUCGCAAGUACUCCUCCAUGACCUCAGAGUCCCUGAAUCCGCCUCAAGAGGAAUCGCGCGAACAUAGAAGGCGCUCAUCACCAAUGCAAGGACAAGAAGGAACCCCGUAUGCUGCUCGUGCAGCUGCUGGGGCGGCGGCGGCCAGCAACUCUUUCUUUCCGUUGGGGUAUCGAGAAGGUUUUAGUCAAUGGUGGGCUCGCUUACCUGCUGCUGCUUCCGAGCACAAGGUUCUAUCCUAUUUACCGUAUCUUCAUCACGAGCCUCCAACCCACCUUCAGACCGGUACUACGGCGAGUUUCCCCAACGGAUCUACACCAGACAGCCUGCAGUCUGCAGACCACAACCAGCAAGGGCAGAUUUCCACCAACUCUCUCAAUGACCCUUAUGGCCCCCGCCGAUGGAGCUCCAGCAUGGUGGAGCUCUCCGGAAAAGACCGGGCGCUCAACGAAUUUUCGGUGGAGCGAGUAGGCGAGGAAGCCGACCAGCAUUUGGUGAUGCUUCACGGCUACGGCGCCGGUCUAGGCUUCUUUUACAAGAAUUUUGAGCCUUUGAGCCGACUGAGGGGAUGGCAGCUCCAUGCCUUGGAUAUGCUCGGCAUGGGCCGUAGCACACGGCCUCCAUUCAAGAUCAAGGCCAAAGAAAGAGAAGAGGCUAUUCGUGAAGCCGAGGCAUGGUUUGUUGAUGCGCUGGAAGAAUGGCGCAUCAAGCGCAAGAUUGAUCGUUUCACUUUGCUUGGCCAUAGUCUCGGCGGCUACAUGGCAGUCGCUUACGCUCUCAAAUACCCCGGCCACCUCAACAAGCUCAUCCUAGCUUCCCCUGUGGGUAUCCCCGAGGACCCAUAUGCGGUGACGGCAGACGUACCCGAGCAAUCGGAAUCCACUCUCGCCAGCGAGCUCACACAUGAUCAGCGGGAUAUCGCAUCGUCCGCUGCAGUCCCGGGAUCUGCUCCCAAGACAACUGAUGGUAGCUUCAUCACCGGCCGCAACCCCGAGCCAAGUGAUGAUGCCGCAAACCGCCCACCCCGCCGCAACAUGCCCAAGUGGUUCGCUUAUUUGUGGGACGCAAAUAUCUCUCCCUUCAGCUUGGUACGAUGGACUGGCCCUCUUGGCCCGCGAAUCGUGUCUGGCUGGACCUCACGCCGGUUCUCUCAUCUCCCAGCGGAUGAAGCAAAGGCGCUUCACGACUACUCAUACUCGAUCUUCAGUCAACGAGGCAGUGGCGAGUAUGCCCUGGCAUACAUUCUUGCCCCAGGCGCCUUUGCUCGCAGCCCUCUUAUCCGCCGCAUCCACGGCGUUGGACGCCAGAUGAUUGGCGCUGACAACAACCCACUCCCCAACCCUGCUUCGGCAUCCUCCUCGUGUUCUAUCUUCUCUAAAUCGUCAGCCAAGACCGCGGUUCCUGAGAGUUCUCCCGCGGAAGACACCACUCCAGCUUCAACUGAAGUGCCGGCUCCUCGUCGCGAGAACGGUCUUCCAAUCGUCUUCAUGUACGGCGACCACGAUUGGAUGGACGUCUCUGGUGGUCACGCUGCUGUUGCCCGCCUAGAGGACGAGAAGCAGCGAGUCCUGGCAGAUGCCACGCCAGAAGAACGACGUAACGACCAGGGCUCGUCCAAGGUAGUCGUCAUCAGUCGAGCCGGGCAUCAUCUCUACCUUGAUGGGUGGAAAGAAUUCAACAAGGUCGUUCUGGCCGAGAUGGAAGAUGUCAGUCGGCGGGAGAGAGCGGCGUGA